AUUCAAAAUCCAAAAUCUUAAAGCAAAGUAUUAUAAAUUGUGCAUUUACACAUGUGCAUUCAUUCAUGCAACGACCUACGACGCAAUGCAGUAAUUCAACAGAGCCUCUAAACGACGACGACGUCAAGAAAGAUCAGCGGAGCAAGAACAACUACAAAAACAACAACUACAAAAACACCAACAACAACAACAUGAGCUGUGUUGAUGAAAGCUUUAUCGACAUUAUAUUUAAAUUGGCGCCCGUGUGAUCUUUGUUCCCAUGCAAAAUGUGCACAAAUAUAUUUUGUAUUAACAACAACAACAACAUCAAUCCAAACA